AUGAAGAAUUCGGCGGCGUUCGUCGCCGUUCUGGUGACGACCGUCACGGCUCAUUUGUCUUUGACGUUUCCACCGGCUCGAUUUCCGCCUCUAGAUUUCCUUGACACUGUCCACACCUUCAGUCCUUGUGGCGUCCCAAAGUCUUCCAGAGGUUCUCUUUCCUUUCUCUAACCAAGCUGUUCAUGCUUUCUGAGCUCUCAACUAACAAGGAAGGUCGUUCUACUCACAGAGUUUUGGAUUUUUCUAAAAACUGGCUGAAAACUUCUUCGGUGCACAAAAUCAAUAUCAUGAAGGUCUCAGCUGCAAAAUUCUCAAUAAAAAAGAAAAUAUUUUCAUUUUAUUCUUUCUCGUAGUGUCUGGAAAAGCGACUUUUGAAGCAAUGGUUUUUGGGAAAUAAGAUUUUCUAUAAUAUCACAGAGACUUUAAGUCGACUUCAAGAAAAUAUCAAAGUUUCGAGUACACCGACUUCCCUUGUUGAAUGGAAAAAGAGUUUGUUAGUUGUUUUUACUCAAGUUUUGGUAGCGAUCAAAUAGCAGCGAUUAGAAGUGAAUUCGCACCUAUAGAGCGAUGAUCCGAAAUGAGAUAAAAAGUGCCAUAAGGAAAGCGGAACAUGUUUUCUUCGAGUAGAUUUAAUCUCCUGCUCUCUUUCUGAACAACAAAAACAGUUAACACGGGAAAUCUUAUUCGGAUGUUCGAAAUUUCUAAUAAAAUAACUCAAACGAUCUUUGAUAUUCCAGAUAAAGGGUAUCUCGUGUCGCAAGCUUAUUUUCGUACUUUCGAAGCUUGAAAAUUUUUCACCAAUAAAAUCAUCAUUAUGAAUGAACAUUAUUUUCUAAAAAGCAGAUCGAAAACAUGAAUUUUCUUUGUUUAAACCUUCAAGACAUUUUUGAGUGAGUUCUGAACUUCACACUCAAAUCCACUUCUGCGCAUAAACUUAUAUUAGGGUGGCAUGAAAGAAAUGCGGCUCGUUUUUGUCGGCUUCUAAUUCAUCCAAGAAGCAAUAUUAUUUAGAACGGUAUUUUUUGUCGAAAAGGGCUUGUCCUUGUGCGUCAUUGGAUAUAUAGUUUGCUGACUUUCAUUCCGCCUUUCUAUAAGAAAAAUAGCUCUGAAAACUUUCUUUCAAAAACUAUAUUCGCGGACCUAGUUUUCGCGUUAUUUCAAAAAGUACAAAUCAAAUUCAGAAGCUUGGCACCUUUCAAUAUUAUGAUCACCAUUGAUGCUUUUUUCUGAUAGUUAACAUUUUGAAUUGCUUUAGCGCUAUUCACUAGGCGAAAAGACCUUUGAAAUCGAAAAACACGGAAAAAUCGACGAUAAAGGCGAUUUUAAAAGGCCAUUAGACUGGAUCCACAACAGACGCCUGUGAAACUGGCUCAUCAGUUAUUACACACCCAUAUCUGUGAAAGAAAACAGUUUUAUUACGCAAUGGAGUGCAAAAAGGAGAAAUGAAAAAUGGGUUCACAAUAUCGCUUUUUCGCUUUUUUGCGAAAAUGUGUUAGCCCAAAAUCAGAAAAAUUGUUCUGCAAAUUUCUGCUUUUCCGCUACAAUGCUCAGACAUGGCUCUUCGCAUUUAUCAUCUGUCCGAAUCAUUGGAUCGCUAAACAGCCAAAAAAAAUUGAAAAACUCCGAUGAAGUCCAAAUUUGGGGGUGCAACUUCUUUGACUCGUAGGCGGCCUAGUUUGUCAGAGAGAGUAUCCAUUCUCUGCGUGAGCAUUGUUGACAAGGUGCUAAUACAGAUGGGAAUUACAGUUCGAAGUGAUUUGUGAUAACCCUUGUUUUUAUGAUAAAAUUAAAUGACAUCAAAAACACGCAUUUCUUUCCUGCCACCCUAAUAUAAUUGACCUUACAAUCAUAGCCCAAUAUACAAGUAUCGAACUCGGGAAACCUUACAACAUCACGUGGACGUCGGCCUCGCGGUCCAAGGUACUUCAAACUUGUCUUUUAUAACCUCUCAAGAAUGGUUGGAAUGUUGAAGGGUGGCCACCGUAUUCGGUUGAUCGACGCGGACGGUAUGACUGUCGAACAAGUCAGUCCUCUCAACGGACUCGACUUCUCGGAGCCACAAACGCAAGUCUUUCUCAGACGACUUUGUUCUCAGCCAGUUCUUCUCUCAGGUCAAAUUGGGAAACCGCACGCUUCACAGUGAGUUGUGAGAACUGCGCAGUCGUCAUCGAACAGCGGGAUUCUGAAGACGUCCUCUUCCACUCCUGCUCUGACGUCAACAUCGUCUCUUCUGUUCCGGGUGAUUUUUUAAACCGAAUUCCCUUUCUUCAAUCUUGAAAUGACAUCCAACCAAUUUCGUCCAUUAUAAAUUAAAACUCAAAAUUUGAUCUUGAUGUUUUUCCUUUAGUAUCGAAUUCCCACGUGAUUUGUUUGAUAUUUACUUUGAUGAGUUCUGAAGAAAUCAAAACCUUCAAUUUUUCAGUCGUUUUGAGUCCGGUCUUUCAGAAAUGACUGAAUUUUAAUUCUUUUCACUUAAAUCCUCUCUCCAAUGUGUAGAUUUUUUGUUUCACUGCUAGUUAUUCACGUAAAACCCGCUUUUGGAAUUUUUCCUGAAAAUAGGAAAUAAGAAACGUUCAAAAGACUAUAGACUUGCUCACCGAGCUGUAACUUCCUUCCGUUCGAAAAAACAAAAGGAUAAUAGUCACUAGUCAAUAAAUAGUUCACUAACUCAUCAUUCCAAGCUACUGAAAGGGAGCAGUUCUGAUUAAUCUGAAAAAAGUUCAGAUGAGGAGAAAUGCAGUAACAGAGGUGCUCUUAUCGACGGAAACUGUCAAUGCGAAACUGGGUACACUGGAAAUAUCUGUCAGUACUACGGUAUCCUCUCUUUCUGUCUUCUCGAAACUUAAAAAAAAUUUCCAAGUUCAAUGCGAUCGGGAUGAGGACUGUAUGAACGACGGGAAAUGCAUCCAACAACCUGGUAGUUCUUCAUUUUUACUUAGAACGUUUCACCAGAUUUUAUUGGUAGUCAUAAUUUUCGAAACUCUUGAAGUUUACUCGCUUCAGUUGAAAAGCCAUGGUCGCAUGUGGAAUGUCUGCAGCCAGUUUGGCAGUCACUUGUCGUUUGUCCAUUCACGUGCGACCAUGUGCUUGCGAUUUGAAGCGGAUCCAAUGCAAAUGAUGUCAAAAAACCCAUCGAAAAGGUUUUCCUUCUCACCUAUAAGUAUGAUCUUUGCUUCGAAAACAAGAAAAAUCACAGGCUCGUUGGUGGGAAAAGUGUGCGCCUGCUCUUACUCAUUCUUCGGCCAUAAAUGUGACCAAAGUAAGUGGACAGGAAGGAGUUAGACAUUUAAAUUUUUAAUAUUUAAUCAAGGCUUUAACGAAGCCAAUAGCGAUUGUUUCGCCUAUGAAUCUUUGAACACGGCAAAAUAUUCAAAUGCGGGAUUGUUCAACGCCGAUUGCUACCACAAACAUCCCAUUAAUCUCGAUGACGUGAUUUAUUCGCGUCUGGUGGACAAGGAUGUUGAAGUAGGUUUUGGACUUCGCCACCAGCUCCUGGGUUUCCGUAGGGUGGCGCCCGGAAAAGCUCCACAACUCCUGCAGACUUUUCCCACAUCUUGAAGGUAUUUCUUUCGAAUUUCUGCGACAACCGCGAUAUACAGAUACGCGACCCGAUACCGCAGAGGUUGAUGAAGAGACUCGUCUUCACCAGGUACCGAAACAAGCCAUGCCGAAAAACAACGGAUUUCGUGAGUAUGAUACAAGAAAAAAACAACGUGAAUCUUCAACUAUAGUGGAAACGGCGCUGAAUGCCGAGCUGCAUCCGAUGGACUGCCUUGAUGUUAUCAUGGCAUCUGUGACUGACGGAAGACUGAGAAUUGGCGACUUCUACUCGAGGGACAGGUCGACUCCCCUAGAAGACUACUGGUAGGCGGAUUCCCAUUACUUCCACGAAGUAUUCAGGUACGACGGGGAAAUGUCGGUGGUGGCCGCCUACGGCGUGGAAGUGGACGGCAGGACCAUCGUCAUGUUCCGAAGACAGAUAAGAGGUGAUUAUGAUGCAGGAGAAAACUUCAACAAUCUUCCAGAAUUCGAACCAACUGAUCAUCCGCUUGGUCCCAACAGUCUUUUCGUAGCUUGGGCCAAAGGAACAGACACUUUCCAAAACGAUUUCUUCCAGUACCACGGUUGAUCCUCGAAUCAAUAGUUUCAUUAAAUCUAAAACUUGGACAGGCGCCAACCGCGGGAGUGCAGUCAUGAGCCUCAGCAAGCCCACCAAAACUCCGCUGAAGCCAAAAAAGAAAGAAGAAAAAAACUCGACGAAUUCUGCGACUGGAGAAGUCGCAUUCGGUGUCAAAAAUAUCGCUCAUGGUAUGUAUUUGAGUUUAAAUGUUCGUUUUUAUUACAUGAAAAGUUUAAUAACGAUCGGGUUAGCCAAACUAAUUACAUGAACAGCCGAUAGGAUUAAUCAGUGUUUCAGAACGCAUUCAAAAAAUAGAAUUACACAAAACCUCGACCAACACUCCAACGACUGAACCCAAAACAGAGCCGAUUACAACCACAGCUGAACCAAAAACUACUACCUCCGAUCCAAGCAUUUCAUCAGAUCUCUCACGAACUUUUUCAACAUUGUUUUCUCUCAUUGGUGUUUUUAUAUUUAUUCGCAUGAUUAUUUUUCUAAACUAUUUAUUUCCUCAAAAAAAGAAAGAUGAAUACUUUUUGAGAGUCAGGAAGGAAAAAUUUACCCUAUCGUGAAAAUCCUUCUGGUUGA